CAUAUGAAGACAGCAGAGCAGAGGUUAGCGCGUUCAUUUUGACAUUUAUCGGCCAUGAACUGGAAUUGGAAAGAAGAUGAGUUCCUUGCUCUAAUUUUCUAACAGGGGUAGGUGUUUUUCCUUUAAACACGCCGAGUUUCAGUCAUUCGAACUGUUGUCAUAAGUUAGAGGGCCAUCGAACUUAGCUUGGUUGACGCUGAAAUACAACAAAAACGACUGCAAUUUCAUCAUUUCUUGAUUUCUCGGGUGCUUUGAAGAAGCCCUCACUGUGGAAAAUGCUAAAUUAACAUUAUAUUCUUCGGGAUGUUUGGUAAUAAGUAGAAGACUAACAAGCAUACCUCACAGUCUUUUGAACCGUUGAUAAUUCACAAGAGGAGGGAAGACAGAGUGAUGUGUCGUGAUUUAUUUACACAGAAUGAAGGGUAAUCUCGAUUCAUGCGAGGUGCUAAUGAUCAAUACCUCGCAGGAAAGUUUCAUCGAAAUUUGCAUUUUGUACGAUUGAUUUCAGGCCGUGUAACAAUCAAUGAGAACCAAUGAGGUUUAAGUUGCUCGAGUUAAAAUUGUUCAUUGUUUUCCUUUUUCUUAUCAAAUAAUUACUUUCGCCAAGAGUUUAUGAUGACGGCGACAAAGUCAUGAAGCAUGAAAAAAACAUGGUGAACAAAGACUAUUUGCAUUGCGGUGAAAGAAAAAGUAAAUUUAUUUAUUUUGCGACUUUAAAAUGAACAGAAACUGAAGUCAACGAAUUGACAUUUUAUUGUUUUUCGAGUUGAAGGCCGGAGAUUCAUUUCAAAGAGAGUUUGACUCAACAAGAGAUCAAUUAAUCAGUUUGGAGUCCGUACUGACAUUUAAAAAAAUUUGGAGGAAAUUGUUGAUUCAUUUGUUCUGGCUGAAUAACGCGGAGGCUAGUCAAAUUGCUAGCAGGUAUCUCCAACAGGUACGAUAUCACAUUAACGACUGUUAUCUAAAAGCUCUUUGAAUAUACUUCCAAAAUUAUGAUUCAAAGGCCAACAUUGACGAUCGAUGACUCAGUGUUUAGUGUCUGCUUUUUCAGUUGUUAGAUUUGGAUCUAAUUUGCAAAAAAGUUAAGCGGUCUUCCUAUCAAGACUUAUGGUGAUAGAAACUCUUUCUUUUACAGAAUGGCGGAGAGAAAAGCAAUGCCGUCCUUUAGGAACAAAAUCGCUUCUGAAGAUAAUAUCCGUAGCAGUUUACAAUCCAAACUUGUACAGAAUGGUCACUUCACGCUGCAGACGAACGCUUUUCAAAACAAGCGCAAAGUGGAGUUAUUUAUUGAGUGUACAGACCUCGUACAACUGGACACCUUCUCGAGAACAGACCCCAUGUGUGUGCUGUAUGCGAAAAGACUCGGGCAAUGGAUGGAAUACGGACGGACAGAAUCCAUACCAAACAUGUCUCAUCCAAAGGUAUACGGUCCGCAAUAUGAUAUUAAUUAUCGAUUUAUCAAUUUGUAGCACUUCGUUAGCAUGCUCAGGGCGAAAAAGAAAAAAAUCUAUUUGACUUUUAUUUACCUUCAUGCCUCUAUUUUGUCUUAAGGGGGCGACAAGUGACUGAAUAACAUGCUAAGUUAGCGAGAGGUUGAAUAAGACAUCAAAAAAGAAAAAAGAAUUAAAAAACCUGCCACCUAUAUAUUUAUAUAAGAAGCGAAAACAAAAAAGCCCCUUGCGGGCAUGAUAAGAAACAGUUUUUUUUUUCGUCAUCGUAUUCAAUUUUAGAUGUUUGUUAUUUUCAUCCCGAUCACAUCGAAUGACGAUAUGAAUUUUCGAGCAAGUUAACCUUCUACAGUUAUUAUGCGGUCGCAGUGGUUUUCCAAGAAAAAUGUGAGAUUUAUCAUCCAGUUAAUUAGCGUAGGUCGGCUCUCAAGAAAAGAUGAUUACUGAAUAUCAAAAGAACUCACCUUUAUCCCUCUAGUUAAUUAAAAACUCUGCUCCUUUUGAUCGCCAAAAUGUACUUUUUUAAUUUUUAAAAAAUAACGCAAAAAGAAAAGCGAACUGUGAGAUGUAGUCAUGUAGUUUAAAUUCUCUUUUAUUCAUUACUUUUUACGCAGUUAAACGCGUUUAUUUGGUACCUAUCGCGCUCCACUCAGGAUUAAACACCGCCAAGAGUAGGAAUCCUUUCAUUUUGAAUGUUAAACUGUCGGCGCUCUUAGAUUUUCAUCAAUGUAUGCGAUUAGGAGAGGAUAAUCCUCCCUUUGAAGCCAUAUUUUGGGGUCUUCAUUUCGAAGUUAUUAAUGUAUACUGUAUUAUGUAAAUAGCUCUCAGGUGGAGGUAAUUAUAAGUUGCUUUGUCCAAACUGUUGGCAGGCCAUGACUUGCAUUUAGGUUCCGAGUUUUUUACGUUUAUUUUACAUAUCUACGAUGUUCUCUCUAAAUCUAAGUCAUUAUUUUAGCUGGUAAAUAAUGGUAAGGUGGGCAAAAUAUCUUUCGUUCCGUUCUAGAGAAAACCCACCAAUAGUUGUUUCCGCACUGUCAUCCAUAUCGUUCGACAUUAGUAAACUCUCCGACAAUGUAAAGCCGUAUUCAAAUAAGCAACAUUUCCUUGGAAACUUCACUCUUAAAGGAAAAAUUCAAGUCUAAUACACUUGUCAAGAAACUGAUUUGCUGGAGAAGAUCAAGUUUCCUUGUCGACUUAUUUUUUCAAGUCAUUCAAGCAAGCAGAUUUCGUCUGCGACAAUUUUUUACUGAACACGGGAGUUUGACAGGCUAAAGCAGUUUUUAUCCUCACCACCAAACACAACUUUUAAGGGGAAAUCUUGUCACACAAAAUUGACUCGAUAAUUUGACUAUUAAGAAAACUUGCGGAUACGAAUUCACUCCGUUUUGCCAAUACCUAUACCCUCUAUCAUUCCUUUGUUCCCCCCUUUCUUGGAUAUUGCUCUCUAAAGUUUUUAACGGGUGUACUUCAAUCUCAAUACCACAAUAAUCCGGCCGAGAUCUGUCCUCUUCCACCGUCAGGAGUGUAAAAACAAAAAAAAAACAACAACAAAAAAAUACAAAUAACGGACGAGAUCAAAGAACGUGAAAUUGGACAAACCGAACUAAGUCUUAAAAAACGAUGUUCUUUCACCUGAAAACUGUUUUCAUGGAGAGAUAACAAUAAAUGACGUUUUAUUUAUUAUAUUUCUUUUGUUUCAAGUUUUGUAUCUUUAUUAAUUGAUAGCAAGAUCUUCGAAGAUUGUAUUUUUUAUCUCAUUUGUAGCAUGUUUUAAUAUUAUCUCUAUUUUUCUUGUAGUUUGUAGAAACAUUUAUCAUUGAGGCCAACUCUACGGUUUAUCCGAGGUUAAGGUUUUCAGUGUUCGACUUGGCCAACUUUACAUCCAAAGAUCUCCGUAAACACGAUUUUGUGGGCUCGAUUGAAAUCGAGCUCGACACAUUGUUAGAAUCAAGUUGUGGUACGUUGAUAAGAACACUGAGAGUGCCAGGAGACGUCAAGUCACGUGGUUAUAUUCACAUUUACGUGGACGAUGUGAGAGAUGAUAAAACAAAUGUUAGACUUCAUUUUGGCGCCACAAAUCUGGAGAAGAAAGGCCUUUUAGGAAAAUGUGAUUCGUUUUUUGAGGUUAAUCGACUUCUUCCAAGGAGUAAUCAUCAUCACCCAGUUUAUAGAUCUGAAGUGGUUACAAGGACAGCAUGUCCCAAGUAAGUAGAUUCAUGGUGCAUUUUUUCGUGAAUUCAUCUCAUUCCUUCCUGCGUACUUGCAUCGUUGACCCAAAGCUCACUCAUUGUCGAAGGAACCCGAAAGGCUGAUUGGGGGCUGGGUAUGAGCGAUGAACUUCAUUCCAGGAGCAGAGAGUAUACUCCUAGUUGCUCUAUGCUAAGUUAUGAAACCUUCGUCUGCUAAACGAGAAUCAUUUGUGCUAUCCGACCUCGUGUAUGGCAAUUACAAAGAAAAUCCACCAUCAAAGAUAAGUGGCGUUUCUCUAUGGGUGGGAAGUGAGGCCCAGAGCUGUGAUCUUAUUCUUCAAGUAAAGACAAAAUUAUCUUAGAAAACUGAUAUAAAGGUGGCCACACUAAUGGCCUUUUUAUAGAAGCCCGGGCUUAUUUCGUAGCUCGGAAUGAAUCGCCGCAAAGAACAACACUUUAGACAAGUGUGGUUGGUCAUAAUCUGGUGCACAUGCAAUUUGUUUACCUAGAGACUGAACCAGGUCGGUCUCUCUGACGAUGAAAAACCAAUGAUAAUGGCUUGUAAGGUGGUGAAGAAAUCUAGCUAAAAACGGAAUGGUGAAGUGAAAACAUAAAACAAAACAGAACAAAUUAAAAACGAAAACAAAACAAAAGAUGUAGCAAGCAUGGUUGUGCGAGUAAAAGUACUGACCCAAGUUAGCGUUUGGGCGAGAAUUAAUCCAUAUGUCGGCCUGGGUUACGACAAGGGUUACCUGCUAAGGGCUGGGGGUCGUGUUAAUAGGACCCGGCUUCUCCGCUUUCGCGGUUAUUUUAGAAGAGUUAAACAGCAAUCUGAAGUGUGAAAAAGGGCGCCGCUAUUGGGUUACUAACAACAUUCCGCAGCGAGGUUUUUUUUUUUGUUAUAACUUAAUCUAAAAAGCAUCAAUCCUACCGUUGAAAUUCAUUGUAGAUGGACGGGUAACUUGGUAGUUAAGAGAAAAAUUAUUGUAGGCGUUUAUCACGACAUUGUAAAUCACUUCGUUGUUGUUUCAAAUUUUCUUUUGCGCCCAAGAAACUUUCUUAACGUCUACUCGGGUUUACUCUCUACUUGCACAUGAUCAGUAUUGACCACUAUUUUUUUCAGGUGGGCGCCGUUGGAUAUUAGUUUACAGAAGUUGUGUAAUGAAAACAUUGAUGGACAGCUUGUGCUAACGUGUUGGCAUUUCUCUAACACUGGUAACCACACCCUGGUGGGGGAAGCCAAGUUACCAUUGAAUUUACUUCUUAAGAGGUAGGGUAUGAAAUAAUGUGCGAAUGUUAAAAGAAAAACAAAAUACAAAAGCAUGUGCUCAAUACCUGGCCGGUAAACCCACUCCUUAGCUGAACUAACACUGUCCCCCACCACCAAUAGCACUUCUACCUUCUCUCAGCUUCAAAGAAGCUUCACUCGGUCAAGGGUAGAGAUACGUCAGACUUAUGGUUUACCUAUGCAAUCGUUGACUCUGGUUUGAGAUCGUUGACAGGUGCUCUCUCCUCGGGAUAGUUUAUCUUCGCAGUAUUUCAUAAACAUAUGUCAGUUAGUUUUAGUAAACAAACACUGUUUAGAACAAGUAUCCCGUAACAAAAAUUGAAGCUUAUGUCAAAUUAGUGCACAAACUAAGGUUUGCUUCAAAAGGUACCGGUCGUUAAGGUUAUGUGGAAUUUUUUCAGCGUAAAGGACUUAUUAGCAAUAUGUGGAGAUAAAGCUGUAUUCACGAAAUGAUAGCGCAAUCGUUUAUCCUCUAAGAAAACUAUUUCAGCUUGAUUUUUGUUGACAUUGCUGAGGAGCGUUACAAGAGGAACUACAUGCGUAAAGAACGCGACUCCACGCGCGUCUUCCCCGCAAGGGUUAAAAUCAUUAAAAUUGACAUUUCCAUUAUUUGGUUCUCUCCACAGAGCAGUCAAACAAGUGGAUAUAGUGAAUCCAAAGAAGCAGAUUAAAAAUAAACGCUAUUCAAACUCUGGGAUUCUUCGUAUUCUACACUGCUACGUGGAUAAACAAUUUAGUCUUAUUGAUUACGUCAGAGGAAAUUGCGUCAUCAGAAUGGUAUGCGCCAUUGAUUUCACCAUUUCCAACGGUCCGCCUUUGACCCAGGAUUCCCUGCAUACGAUGGACGAGGAGAAGGUGAGAAGAUGACGCUUGUAAGGGGAUUCAUAGUAACUCCUAAGUUAAGGAUUGUGCAUCAAAGGUAGAUGCUUUUUUUUGGUGACGAACAGAACGUAAAGUGUUACGAUUGGUAUUGUUUGUCUUCCUAUCAAAAUAGUGUCACUUUUGGUUUAUGCGACACGCAUACAGUGUUUAUGUCUUUCUUGCCGAGAAAGUGAGAGUUCUCGAUAUUUACCGAAUCUUAUCAAACACCUUUUUCCAUGAUCGAGAGAAUAGACAUGAUUUCCCAAGAAGGAAGUCCUAUACUAGAAUCUUAAGAACAUGCCACGUUGUUGUUGCUAUCGUGCGUAAUCACUUUUUUUCCGGAUAGUGAUUGAAAUGGGCCCUUUGCAUUCCAAUUCCACUUAGCUAUUGCUUUGAUUACUUAUCUCGGAUAUUUUUUAAAUGAGUAAUCAGUCCCUGUUGUGGCUCCAAAGAUUGCCAUAAUAAAGCCACUCUGUGCUGUGUAAGAGUACUCUGUGAUACUUUUCCAUGGUUUCUUUGCCGCCCAUACCUUAGAGAAAAACUUCUCCGGGUUCUCUUACGAGUAAAAAAUGGCACACUACCACUGAGUGUCUAUCGUUAGCCUGUGUGGCUCUUUUGAAUCAGACUUACAGUUUUGUGUGCCCUAAGUGAAAAGUGGCUAGAGCAGGAGAGGAGAGAAACCACUGGCAGUCUUUAUAAAUCUUUCUUCUGUCUCAAGUCUCACGUGCGUUAGCUGCUCAUUAUUGCUUUAGUGCGCACAAACCCGCCAGCCACGCAAGCCAGUCUCUUGCCCUCUUUUUCGCUCGUCUCCACUGACUAAGGGUGGGGACCUUUGCCCAAAUGAGGAUGGAUCAGUAAAUAUUUCGUAAUGACAUAAGAUUUCAAUCUGUGGUUCAUUUAGAAUGAGUAUUCUCAGACCUUGAAGUCAAUAGGGAAGGUUUUAUCAAGCUUCGAGAAAGAUAAGAAAAUUGCAGCGUAUGGAUUUGGAGCCCAGGCCUGCUCAACAGGAGCGCUACCUUAUAUGUUUGCUCUUGAUAGUGAAACAGGAAAACCUGAGCUGGAGAAUGUAGAGGUACUAAUAUGAAUUUUUACUGUUCGGUUUCUCAUUAUACUCGUUACAGCCUCAUUCAUUCAGUCAGUCAGCUAGUUAAUUACUCAGUCAUUCCGUCCGUCCAUCAGUCUUUCAGUUGAUUUACUCCUUAAUUCGUGUGUGAUGUCUAGUCAGUCAGUUACUCUGUCGUUCACUUAGUCAAUCUGGCAGUCGGGCGGUCAGACCAUCAAUCAUUCAUUCAGUCAGCCAUCAGUCAGUCAUUGAGUCCGCCAGUCAAUCAGUCAGCCAAUCAAUCAGUGCAGUCAAGGCGGCCAGUCAGUUUACCGGUAACCAGGAAGGUGAGUGAGUCAGUCAAUUAAUCACUGACUGAUCAGCCAGUCAACAGUCAGUCAUUCCCUCGCCCAAAACGUCAGUCAAUAGAUGUGUCAGUGAGAGAAUCAGCUUAUCAGCUCAGUCAUCCAACCAGUCAGUCAGCCACAUAGGAUUUCAGAUUGUACCUGUGCCAAUGUCAACAUACACAUUAAUCACGGAGUUAUCUCUCUUCCUUGUGUCAGGCUGUUGUUGACGCCUACUGGAAAAGACUGGAAGACGUCAAGUUGGGCGGACCCACCCAUCUUGCGCCCAUCAUCCAAGGGAUAGCGGCAUACGCCGAGAAAGAAGUAUCCCAGUGUUCUCAGCAUUACACAAUAGGACUUGUUAUUGUUGACGGCAUCGUCAAUGACGUAGACCAUUUGAUAGACGUGUUAGUUGAUGUGGAACGGUCGCCUCUCUCUAUAGUUGUUGUAGGCGUUGGGCCCGCAGAUUUUAGAUUAAUGGUAAGAAUUUCUAACAGAUUAUUCUUUCAGCUUGUAAGAGUUUUCUUGGGAAAAAUUUUGAAUACUGCUUAUAGGAGUGUGACUAGCUUCAUCUAAAGAGAUGAACUGCUAAAGAGAGCAAAAAGAAAGCGUUCAGAAUGAGGUCAAUGUGAAGUAUAGUUGGAAGUUUUUCUUUACUUUUGAUGACUCUUCUUAUCAUUAGAAUGAACUUUUUUCAAGAAAUAGAAGACAGCUAAGAUCUAAAGGAGGAAAGACAACGAGUCGCAUAAACACAGACUUUUUGUCUCUAAGAAGACACGCUGCAAAUCCAGGAGUCAAUGAUUCAAUGGUAAGACGUCUUUCAUUUGAAGGGUUUGCGAUGUUUUAGCACAACGCACUAUAGCUAUAUCGAAAAAGUGAGUGUCUAAGGUAAAGAAAGCGGCAGCAAAAAUCAAGUAAUGGAUUGCUUUGAAAGAGUCUGAAGAUAAGAGAGUAAUGAAAGGAAAUCAUCAGCUCUGGUUGGUCUGAUGUUUCAAAAGGCUGCUCGAGUUCUUAUUUGAUCUAACUUAAACGCAAAACAGUUGUCUACGAUUAAAGAGGUGCAGUCUUUCGUAAACGUCACUUUGGUUCAAGAUGUUAAAGUAAAAAGCGAAGAUGAAUCGAGACGCCAACUUUGAAGGACAUGAAGGUAAAAAUUAAGUGCGCAUUAAGUGUGCGUAAAUUUUGACUAAGGGGAAGAAAAUUAUUUGGAAAAUCAGUUCCAGUGAUUUUAUCUCUAUUAUUAUGGGUUUAUCUAGAAAAAUCGUUGUUUGCUUUUGAUAUCGUAUCUGAAUUUCGUUUUUCAGGCGCGAGAUGUAUUUGCAAACAUUUCACAACAAAUUGUGACAUUUUUCAAGUCCAAAGGGAUAGUUCCCAACCUUCCAACGAAAAUGAACGUUAUGGAACCAUUUGACGACUGUAAUAAUUUAUCUGAUGCGUCAUCAAGACCUUCCUCACCACGCGUGCGUAAGAUUUCAUCACACAUCGCUGCCAGAUGUCCGACUUGUGGCUCUGUGAUUGACCGCGACCCAUUCAACAUGCUCUCACUGUAGUAAAUUUUGACGAUCUUAAGGGCUUUUCAAAGAUGCCCCUGAAGAACUGAAGACGUUUAAUAAGACACGCUUAAAACCUUGAUUUCCUUCACGAUCUUUGUUCAUGGCGUUGUUAAGUGAUCAUUUCCUUUUCGUGGUACUCUACUCUUUCAAAAGGCCGGAUCCGCUCUAUUCAAGGCUCUUUUCAUUGUUCAAUCAUUGUUCUUGCUUUAAUUUAAUCCAAUUAAUAGGUUUUCAUCUUCUGUUUUUUAGAAAUUUCUUGU